AAGGAGAAGGAUUAACUUGCUAAAGCCUAUCACUUCCCUUUCUAGAAGGAUUUGUAAUUGCUCAUCAUUUAUUGCUAUCAUUUCUUCUGUGCUCACUUCUAUGCAGGUCUUAUUGGAUCACUGCUGUUCAGUAUAUUGAACUCUUUGGAAUUAAUACAGAGCUUUACAAUGAUGGGCUUUGAAUUGGAUGACAGCUUAAAGACAUAUAAUCCAGGCAAAGAAAGUCACCGGACUGUCACGUGGUUAAAAGAGAGACCCUUCAGAGCGGCUGCAGUCUGUCUUGGCGUGUUAUGUGUUGUACUUCUGACUGGGAUCAUCAUCGUAGCCGGCCACCAUAACCAUGCGGCAGUGGAACAACCUACCCCUAGCUGUAACCUGAUUGGAGAGCAAGUCCAGCUAGGGACCAUAUGCAACCUGACUGAUUUGAGACGUGAACAGACAAGGAAUAAAAAUUUGACUAAGGAGAAAGACCAGCUAAGGAUUACUUGCACCAACCUGAUCCAGGAGCAAGACCUCCUCGGAACCAGUAACAAAUACCUGACUAAGGAAAUGAACCAGUUACAGACCAUUAACAAUAACCUGACUCAAGAGAGAGACCUCCUACAAACCUCUAACAAUAACCUGUCUGAGGAAAUGUACCAGUUGCAGACCAUUAACAAUAACCUGACUCAAGAGAGAGACCUCCUACAAACCAGUAACAAAAACCUGACUGAGGCAAUGUACCAGUUGCAGACCAUUAACAACAACGUGACCCUGGAGAGAGACCAGCUGAAAGAGCUCCAAAGGUUGAGUGGGGGAGGUUGUUUGGCGGGAUGGCAGCCUCAUGGUGGCAGUUGCUUCUUUCUCUCUGCUGAAAAGAAAUCUUGGAUGGCCAGCCGGCAGGACUGCCAGGACAAAGAAGCUGAUCUGGUCAUCAUCCACAGCGAGGGGGAACAGAAUUUCAUCAACAAUUUCUGUUGGGUUAGGUCCGUCUGGAUUGGUCUGCAUGACAUGGAAUCCGAAUCGGAGUGGAAGUGGGUAGAUGGAUCACCCAUGAACCUGAGUUUAUGGGAUCCUGGUGAACCCAACAAUGCGGAAAAUGAAGACUGCGCAGAGUUGAUGCCAGAGUCAAAAACCUGGAAUGAUCUCCCUUGUUCCUUGGAAAGGCACUGGGUUUGCAAGCAGCAAAUUCUGUUAAAAUAAAUUGACAACCAGAGAUCAAAACCUCUAUGAAAUGAAGAUUGCAUUGGAGACAAAUUCCAUAGAUAUAUGUUAUAAUAUGGAGAAUUUAUGUAUCAUUGAGUAUAAUUCAUUUCCUAUUCUUUACUUAUACCAUUUGAAAAAAUAUCCCCAAUGCAUGAGAGUAGUGGUAAAAAUGAUUGAAGGACUUUAUGUAAAGAUUGAACAUACAAGUUAUAUAAUAAAUUCCAUCAAAAACAA